AUGCCAAGCAUCUUCAGCGGCGUCAGCAAUGUCGUGGACACCAUCGACGAUGUCUUCAAGUCCGUGCUCGGCAAGAUGUUCCACGUGAUCGAGAACCAUUGUGUGGUGUAUGGGUACUAUGGAGGACGCACUGAGUGGGAUAAUAUAAGCGGCAAGUUAUUCUCAAUGGAGGCUUGA